GGCGCCGAGCCCGAGGGGGGCCCGGCCGGCGGCGGGAUGGCCCUGGCCAGUCCCCGCUCCAGCCUGUGCGGGCCGGGGGCGGCCGCCGUGGUCAGCCCCCGCUCCAGCAUCUCCAGCCAGAGCUCCCGCAGCUCCCGCGGCUCCAUGAGCGCCUACCCCGAGCUGCAGCUGCCCUCGCCCCGCUCCUCCCUGCUGGGGCCCGGCCUGCAGGAGGACGGAGCCCUGCCCGAGGACGUCUACCACAAGAUCCAUGCCCAGUCCCCGCCGCGACACGACCAGCAGCACCCGGCCGCCGUCCCCCCUCCCGAGGCGGCCCCCCCUUACGCCUACAGCCCCACCAAAGGCUCCGCUUCGGCCCCCAAAUUCAAGCUGCCCUACCAGGUGACGCCGUGCCGGGAGAGCGGCCCCAGCCAGGCGGAGAGGAGGCUGGAGGCGCUGACGCUGGAGCUGGAGAAGGAGCUGGAGAUGCACAUGAAGAAGGAGUACUUUGGUAUUUGUAUAAAAUGUGGAAAAGGUGUGUACGGAGCGAGCCAGGCUUGCCAAGCCAUGGGUAACCUCUACCAUACCAACUGCUUCACGUGCUGCUCUUGUGGGAGAAGACUACGAGGAAAAGCGUUCUACAACGUCAAUGGCAAGGUGUACUGUGAAGAAGACUUCCUAUAUUCAGGUUUUCAGCAGACAGCGGACAAGUGCUUUGUUUGUGGACACCUCAUAAUGGAGAUGAUCUUACAGGCCCUGGGAAAGUCGUACCAUCCCGGCUGCUUCCGCUGCGUGGUGUGUAACGAGUGUUUGGACGGGGUCCCCUUCACUGUAGAUGUGGAGAACAAUAUUUACUGUGUCAAAGACUACCAUACGGUUUUCGCACCAAAAUGCGCGUCCUGUAACCAGCCGAUCCUCCCAGCACAGGGCUCCGAGGAGACCAUUCGGGUGGUGUCGAUGGACAAGGACUACCACGUGGAGUGCUACCACUGCGAGGAUUGUGGCUUGCAGCUCAACGACGAGGAAGGCCACCGCUGUUACCCCUUGGAGGGCCACUUGCUGUGCCACGGCUGUCACAUCAGGCGCCUCAAUAUUAAACUGCCGUCACAUCCACCUCCCAGCUACCCAAUGCAUGUCACAGAACUCUGAAAGACAUUGCCGUUACCAAUAGGCCGUUUGAAAGAGAAGACAAAAAUCUAAAAAUUACUUUCCUGUUCCUUUAAAGAUGAGAUUCCAGUAAUACCCAUCUAAACCAGCUAUUUAUUUUUUAAAUCAGAGGUGAGGGGUCCUUUUCUGAUCUUGUACAUAUGCAUUCUUUUACCUAGACGUUUUCACUGAGACACCGUCUACUUGAACAAAUAAUUCACCACUAAACUGUAACUGUAAAUGGCAGCAUUUCUAAACGCAGUGGUACAAAGGGCUGUUCUGCACUCCCUACUCACUGCCCAAGUAAGGAGUGUAACUUACUUUCCAAAACUGAGCACCUUAUCAUAUUGCAGCCAGCGUGAUAAGAUAAAUGCUAGCAUUUUAGCUAGUUUUUUUGAAUUCUGGUUUUAGAGAGUACAGUCACACAUGUUUUUUUAAACUUAGGUUCCCAGAAAUAGUGAAUAGCAAAGAGGUGUUUUUAGCAAUGACAGUUUUCAGCAUGGGUUAAAUAAUGGCAUUCUGUGAGGAAGCAUCAGGCCAGCUUUCAGCCCGCAAGGUUCCGGAGUCAUCCAAAGAUUAUUGUUAAAGGAAUAUGGCAAAAAUCUCGUAUAAAAGCCCCAUUGCAGAGGGGUAUCUCUAAAAGAUUGGCACAUGCAGGGUCACAGCAGUUGGAGGAAUUGCCUGCCGUGUCCGGGUGUAGCCGUGGGUUCAAAAUGCAUUCACAGCAACUUGAUGAUUUGGCACUUACCACAGAAUUCAUUCAUCUUUUAAACCUGGUUUUUUGUUUCAUAGGGUGAGCAGCCCCUUUCUAUGCAAAGGUACACUUGUCUUUAUACUGCUUGUUUUAUACAAGACUUCAUUUGUUGCCAACUGCUUUAUGAUUGUAUGUUGAUACAUUAUUAAAAGAAGAGGGGGACAGUGGUUUUUGUAUUAUCUUUUCAGCUUUGUGUUCUUUUCUGGAUGUACUUUUGAACUGAUUUCGGUGAUUGUCUUCAUUGGAAAACAAAGUACAAAAUAAUUGAGAGAGUCAGAGCAUUGAAACAUUGGUAUUUUAAAACAAGUAUUAGAUGUACAUAGAAUGUACACACACUCAGAUUUUGCAUAAGCUUUUACAGUAACCUCAGAGCUCUGGGGAAAUAUAUGUCUUCCAUAUAGGAAGUUAGAUGAAUCUUUUUUAUGGUUUGUUUUCUACCAUGUGUUGAUGAUUUACAUGCAAAUCACACAUCUGUAUGUUUAAAAAAUUCCUUGCAUUCUCAUGAGAAUUGAUCCAGCCUUCCUGAAUUUAUAUUUUAAAUAAAUCCAUCAUUGCUGUCUUUAACUGUAUCCAAAAUUACAAUAAAAUAAAAUUCUUCUGCUUCAGAGGAAGUGGAAAUACCAGACCAGAUUCUCCACAUGUGUAAAUUGGGACGUUUCCAUGCCAGUUCUCAACUCAUCAAGAAUCUGAUGGAUCCAUUCGGAAACGAUCCCGUGUUAAAUUCAGCACCACAGACUGAUGAAAUGACUUAUUUGGCAACACCAUUACAGUUUACUUUCUUAUGCUCCACUGAUUUUUUCAAAGCCAUUUGUGGUGCUCUUGAAAAGUACAAAGAGCAUGCAAUGGGCAUUAAUUCCUAAGUGGAAUAAUUAACUCCCUUAACAGAAUUUCUUGAUAGUCUGGAAUUUCCUUAAGAGGGAAGGGGGGUGGGCAGGAAAAAUUCCUGGGAACUAUUUUUUUUCCUGUUAGGAAGGAACAAAAGGUAUGUUCCCUGAACUUUUGCCAAACUUCCACUGGCCUAGAUUAACCUGUCCUACUGAAUGCUCCUUGGCAAGUCAGAUGCUCCUUUCAGAAGUCAUUUUUCUAAUAAAUAUAUAUCAGUUUAUAGUUAACAUACUGAAUGUGAUUGAUAGCCAUAUUUUCAAGAAGUCAGGGUGCAACUAGUGCCCUGCUUCUACAGCGUGACCCAAGAGGCCUGGCCUGAAAAAGCCACGAUGCUGGGUGCAUCCAGGCUUUUCCUGCCUUUGCCUCCUUACCUCUGUGUCCAGCGCAGCCUCGGAGGGAAGGGGAAAUACAUCUGCCUCUCGCCCAAACAGCAAAUGCUAGAAAAGAGGGGGGGAAAACCACUUGUCUUAAAUUGGAUUGUAUGAUUAGGUCAAUGCCUUAAGGUUAGUACAAACAUGGAAGAUAGCAGAGCUGUGGGAUAAACUCUCAGCGUCAGCUGCAGUGUCAUACUGCUGCCAUUCAAGGAGGCUGAUUUGGACCACAUUGAGCUUUGAGGCAUUUUUACUUGCUUGUCCUCACAGUCUAUAUUAAGGAACCCAAAUUAAGAAACCAAUCAUUAAAACACACGUCUCCUUCAGUGGCAAGUUUAAGUUUCCACUCUGAGAUACUUUUCAAGGACCAGCACACUAGCUAAGCUAUACAUACCACCUUUUCCUUCUUUUUGAAACUCUUCAUACUGUAGAACACAAUAAUAUUUAAUUGCAUUUUACAUGUUAAUUUGUCAGUCUCUUAUAGUUCUACACAGUUCCAACAUGUUAAGUAUCAUCAUGGCAAAACUAUCAAGAGCUAAUAUUUCAAUAUAGAAUAAGCAAUUCCUUUAAAAUCAGAAAGCAGCAGUUGUUGGUCCAGUAUUCCCUACAGGCAGGUGCCUUCCCUUUCUGUAGAAUUAAGUACAUCUUUGCUUUUCCAGCAUUUAGUAUAAAAACUGGAGCUUGAGUGAAAUUUGCCAGGGUUGGGUGUUUUUUUUUUUUUUAAAGAGAAAAAUAAAAACAAACCUAAAAUGCUGAUGUGCUGCACUCAUCAGUGCUAGUGACAGUUUCUGCACAUUUUACCUUCUGUCUGGGGAAUUAUGUAAAUGAGAAAGCUUCUUUUAAUGCGUUUCUUAAGGAGUAUUCAUAUGUUAAAUCAGUUCAACACAUGUAAACUUUCUAGAGUUGAUUUUAUGAUGUGCUUGUUCCUCAGAAGCCUU